GGCUGAACAUUUUUACUGUAAGACUGGAGUUCAUGCAGAUUAAAUGCUUGUGCAAUUCAGACAUUCAGACUACCACAGGGAAGAAAAUGUGCUCAACUAAUCCAGAAAGCUGGGUGACCUUCGAUGAUGACAAUCCAUUCCAGACUCCCCAGAAGUCACUGAUCCAUCCUCAUGACAACCAUUACAUUCCUAGAUCAAGAGGGCUGAAACUGAGUCUGUCACACGACCAUACAAGCCUGUCCUCCAACGCCAGCACUCCUCACACAUCUCCCAUAAUUGACUUUACCAGCCCUGGACCUCCUUUUAAUUCACCUUUGUGCACACCCAUCAAAGACAGUCCAGUCACUCCAUGCACUACAAAAACAGGGUCUUAUAACUUGUACCCCAUUCCAGAGUUUUCACAGGUUCAACCCUAUACGUUAUCUGAGCCCUCAACUUUGCUGGCAGAAAACCAGACAUCAAGCAUUCCAUCACCUGCAUAUUCAGGUAUAAAUGAUUCAAGUCCGAAGUUGAAAACUAUAAAUUAUUUAGGUAGCUUAACAAGUUCACAUUUGCAACAACCACCUAAUGAGUGUGCGUUUUCAAGCCCGUUUUGGAACAAUGACUUUUCAGGCAUCAUUUGUUCAAUUGAAGCAGGCAAUGUGAUAGACUCUCAGAUAAAAGAUAAAAUUCCUGCAAAACAAGAACACAACGCAACAGAAAAAGACACAUUUAAUAACCAGCGAAGCCUUAACCAGUGUUCUUUCAGCUACGUGUGUGAAAGGCUUCAGCAUUUAAACACUGACCCACCUGACAAUUUGAAGCAUCAUCUUGCUUGUGCUGAAAGAAACAGGCCUUCAUUUAUUCCACAAAGUCUCUUUAGAAGUCAGAAAAAAGAUGGGUGGCCUUUCAUGUUGAGGAUUCCGGAGAAAAAAAACAUGAUGUCUUCCAGGCAGUGGGGACCUAUUUACCUGAAAGUUCUGUCUGGUGGAAUUCUGCAAAUGUAUUAUGAAAAGGGCCUUGAGAAACCAUUCAAAGAGUUUCAACUUCAUCAGUUCUGCAGGCUUUCAGAACCCAAGCUGGAAAACUUAGGAGUUUCUGAAAAAAUACACUCAGUUAAGAUAGAAAAUGUAACUUAUUCUGAAAAAAGAAAAUACCACCCAAAACUUGAAGUGGUCCAUGAAGCCGAAAUUGAACAAAUGUUAAAAUUAGGCACCACUGAUUACUGUGAUUUAACAGAUUUUAUCAUAACAAUAGAGGAAGAAUUGAUGAUGCUCUCUCCAGUACUGAAACAAAAGAGAACUUAUGAAGAGCCUGAAAUGUCAGUGGAAUUAGUGGACAACGUUUGGGCAGAAGUCACCAAAGAUGGAAAACUACAUGACAAGGCAGUAAUGUCUCAAGUGUACUGUCUUUGUUUCAUUCACAGUGGUGUAGAGUGUUUUUUAACAAUGAACGACUCCGAGUUGCAAAGGCUAUCGGAAAAUUAUUUUGGAAAGGACAAUGAUGAAAAACUGAUCAACAUUUCCGAGUAUCAUUUCCAUAAAUGUGUUAAAAAACACGAAUUCACAAAGUCCAGGAUAGUUAAGUUCACCCCAGUGGAUGGAUGUAGGUUUGAGCUGAUGCGAUUUAAAACUCCUUGUGUAUUAGAAGAACUUCCCUUUUCUUUGAAGAGCUUGGUUGUGGUCCAGGGGGCAUAUGUAGAGCUCCAAGCUUUUCUUAACACAUCUGGAAGUGUGGUGGCUUCACCGCAGAUACAUUUUUGUGAGAAUAUAACCAUCAAUUUCCCAGUUCCUGCACAGUGGGUCAAAGCACUAUGGACAGCAAGUCUUCAGAGGCAGAGGUCCCUGAAAACCAAGAUGAACCGCAGAGCUUGCCUGGGAUCCACAUAUGAAAUUGAAUCUGAACCAGUAAUACAAGUGACGAUCGGAACAGCUAAGUAUGAGUAUGCUUACAAGGCUGUUGUAUGGAAGAUUGAUAGACUCCCAGAUAAAAAUUCUAGUCCAGAUCAACCACACAGCUUAUCCUGCAAGCUUGAGCUGGGCUCAGACCAGGAGAUCCCUCGUAACUGGAAUCCCGUGGCAACGGUGCAGUUUGUUAUGCCGGCUACAUGCGUCUCGGGGGCAGAGGUAAAAUCAAUGGGCAUCGAGAGUGAUAUCCAGCCCCAUAAACACGUCUUGCACAAAGCUUGCUACAACAUACAGGUGGAGAUUGAAAGAAAACUUAUUCCAGUAAGUGGAGAAGACAUGGACAAAGCUGAAGAGUGUAUAACGCAAUAAUACCAG